CAUGUCGAGCCUGUCUUAUAUUCACCGGAUCCAUAUAUGACACUUCAAUGUUCCCUUCUCCGCCUCCUUCCUGGCGGCACCCCCAAGGUAAUAUCCAAGUUUGACUGCUGCGAUACCCGUACCCUUUUGUAACUGGGCGGAAAGUGAGGGAUCCGCAAAGUGGGCUUUCGAUGAUUCCAAAUUGCGGUGGGAAAAAGCUGCAGUGCUCGGGUACAGUACGGUACCCGAGUACUAGUACUCGAGUACAGUACCGGUACUCUAGCUCGGGCAUUUGUACUACGGACGGAUCCAAGGAAUCCCCUGUCCGAUUCCCCGGAGAGCUCUCCGUGUGGGUCUGUUUCAGGUUACUUACUGUACAGUACGAGUACAUUAGCUGAUGCUAAUCUGGUCUGGUCGGGUACGGGCACUUGUACGGUACUGAGUACAGUACUGUACGAGUACAAGUACUGGUACUCGUACUGUAGAAAAUUCAAGAUUCGAGAGCCGCGGCUCAGAUGGGGGAAAUCCGAAGCUUCCCUUAUUGGUCUCCCAUAAUAAGGGGGGUUUAAGGGAACGAAGGCCCAAAGGGAAGUCCAGAAAGGGGUGAUCGCUUGUGGUCUCUCAACUGCCCUGGGCGGUCAGUCGGUUCACAUAGUGUCACUCGAUAAGUUUUUGUCCUAACAGAGGGCAGGUUGGAGCACAAUACUCGAGUACAGAUUACCGGGCGCGCUGCGGUGGAAAGGCGAGGAACCCGCUGCAGAACCUCGAAUACCGGUAACUUGGGACCAGCCCCAUGCACGCAUGUACUCGAGUACUCGAGUAUUCCUCCCCCCCUCCCCAGUCGUAAUCUGUGAAGAAUCUAUGCAGCACGGAUGGCCCGUCGAAUUUCGGCAUAACCCAGAACAUGCCUAUCCGAUUCCUGUUCUCCCAUUCAAAACAGUGAAACAUUGUUUCGUUGAUCCCUCGGGCCGUUCUCGCCGCUUUGAAUUUGAAGGUUUCGUGCUGGUGAGUUUGGUCCGUGGGGGUGGUGCCAAAGGAAAGGCGAGCCAGGAACUCGCCCAUGUUGCAUGCGCCGGGAACAAACGUGAUACCGGUACCGGUACAGCGACGCAUGAAUUGAGUGAAGCGGUUAUGAAACGGAAUGUGUGUGAACCUUUGGGCCAAAUGAGGAACAAAAAGGGCGCAUAUGAUGGUAUUGGGAAGGUUGGGAAUGGCGCUGGGGCCGGCAACGAGCAAAUGGAGGAGCUUGGCUUAGGGCAGGACCUGAGGGUAUAUUUUUUUCCCGUACAAAACAGACCGGAUGAUCACUUUCCGAGUGAUGGAUUGCGUAGAAAUGCGGAAUCUACUCUUCAUUGGGUAUUUAGUAUACACUCAACAAUGGUGGGGGUGCCAUUUAAGGUCUGUUAUUCGAAAUAAUGUUCUGGUGUAUUUGUUUAGGCUUGUUUUGCUGAAGGUGUGGGAUUUGCAGCAUCGGCAGUCGUGUAGGGCCGCUGUUCCGUAUGAUAAACCUCUCACCGAUGCGUACGGUCUACCAAGCUUCUUUGCUUGUACUAGUACUUGCAAACACCUAUUGAGGAGAGGAAGCAUAUUAUCUCUCUACGUCGACCGACCUUGGAGGCUGGAGAAGGUCCUACUGUCAAGAGAGAGCUAUCAUAGUCAUAAUUGCCGUGCAGAAAAAUACCUACCAUACUGGUAUGCCGCCGCUCAAUCGCGGAUUGGACGGUGCUGUUGCGAGACCGAGAAUUUGACAACAAUCAAGAAUGUUUGCCACAGAUCGAAUGAGGGCUGAUCUCCGAGACAUAUCACGAGGAUAAACACCACACGUCCGUCACGAUAACACAUUAAAUCACUCGCAUGAAAGUCUGCAGAGCUUUUUCCACUUAGAAGGCAAUGGCUUGCUUCACCCCUCGGCCUCACCCUGUCUAACCCCCACUACACGUCUCAAUUGUUCAAUUUGAUUCUGGCAGUUCGCGUCACCUUGGACCCCUCAUCUUUCUCAACCUUAUCAUACACAGGGCGACGGGAUGGCAGAAAAUCGCUCUUCUCUAGAGACAAGCCCGAGCACCCAAAUCCGGUGCCAGGUAUUACUCUGGAGAGUUUUCCUCUAAGCCCUUCGAUCCCUUGAUCGUUGCAGGCGGCACCGCUGGACUUGCUCUCGCAGCGCGUCUAUUCGGGAACCUAAGCACCUGUUUGGAUGUUCUCGAAGCCGGGAGGAUACGGCUCGGGUCUUCUUGGAAGAUCAAUU